UCAAACGACGACUUUCGGCCGGAAUUACGUGAGAAUACGGAAUGUGAAUUUGAAGGAUUUUCCAGAGAUUCCGGGCAUUUAUUUACUUAAGAAUGCUACGAAACGUAGCGGUAUCGGCUUUCCGCCGAUCGGUUCUUCCCCGAGUUGUGUCCCGAGCCGCAAGAACAAACACAAUCUCUACCGGUCAAGAAUCCGCGAGAAGUUUUUCUACAAUUUUGCGGAAUAAUGGACCGACUUUGCGCUCUGUCAUCGUUGGAGUACAGUCCAUCAAACCAUCGCAACCACUCGGACUGCUAGAUGCGGUUCAAGCCUGUCCUCAGCUGCAGACUCAACCGUGUCGAACCGUGAUCAAGUUCUCGAUGCGGAAAGGCAAAAGGAAGACGGUGAAGGCAGUGGUGAAGCGGUUCAAGCGUCUGGAUUGGGGUGGCUGGAUCCGUACCCUGUCGGGACGCCACAAGAAGCUGUGGCGGAAGAAAGCCAACCGGAAGCGGCGCCUACGGCAACACGUUCUUGUUAACGCCACCCAGGCCACCCUCCUCGAUAAGAUGGUCACAAAGUACUGGAAGCGCCCUCGACAUUACAUCAACGAUCCGUACGCACCUUAUCAUACCCGCGAAGAGUUCGUGUACACCCGACGGAAGGCACUGAAGUGAUCAAGAUGAUCCUGUAUUCUAAUUAGUAGCGAAAGUAAAAAAUGACUCCAAAAGGACAUGGGCUGCUUGCUCGGUUUUACAU